AUGUUCUCGGCAGCUUCUCCAAGUGCGCCGCCUGGCUCGAAGCAGCAGUGCAGCGCCGCCUUGCUGAGCAGGCUCGCCAAGGCGCUCCCCAAGGGCUACAGGUUCACAAUCAACCACCUCUCCACGCCGCCCACUCGCACUGAUGCUCUGCACUCAGCCCCUCCUGAUGCGCGUCCCGACCGCACCUACCGCGAAUCCCACUUCCUCGCCGUCAGCGUAGAUGCCACCUCAAAAUUGGCAUCGUCCAGCACGCCCUCGUCGCCCUUGACGCCAGGAGCUGGAGCCGCCCACGAUUCCAGCCCACCAGGCCGGCAGGUUUUGGUUCUCGGUCUCGAGAUCUACAUCUUUACCACAGCAUGGGCCAGCACGUUCUUCGUCUCCAAAGCCGACUCCACUGGCUACCUGAGCCUCCUCAACCUGCCCAAGGGAACGCCCUCCCCGAUCCGCGAGAUCAGCUCCGCGUUCCUGUCGUACCUCGUCGAGCAACGCCGUCGCGACAAUGUCCAGACCAUUGUCAGCCUUUUCGCAAGGGCGCAGAACCAAUACCUCUUUCCUGGGAGCGUGGAGAACAAGGACAAGCACGUACUGGACGACCGAGGACUGGUUAGGUGGUGGUGUCGCGUACUCAAUGCCAUGAUGGAGACACAGAACACCCACGAGGACAAGAUCUUCCGCCCUUCCAACAAGACCGGCAACUGGGAGGAUAUCAAGGGGUAUCUGGUCGUCCCCGGUCUCGACGCGUAUGAGCUACGAGCUUUCCUACCCCGAACACCCAAUGCAUCGUCUAAUUGGGUGCUCGGACAUCCCCUGGAACGUGUCUCGCACUUUGCUAGAGAGUACGACUGGGUACCACCCAGGUGUCUAGUGCCCAAGUUCCCGGAUGAUCCAAAGUCUCGCUUUCGCGAUGAGCUCGAUCUCGAGGCCUCCAAGUCGGCGCAGUACGAGGAAAAGGGGCUCUGGCGGAGUCUGACGACCAUGGAUCAGUUCUGGGAGAUGAUGGCCUUCCGACAAGAGUGCUCGAGCGGACAUAUGACGGGAUUCAUUUGGGUGGUGCUCGAACCAUAUGGCUGGGCCGAGCAGAACACGAUUCCGCCCUCGUCUCCCACCAACUCUCUCAUCACACCAAGCACCUCGUUCGACGGGUCACAAGCAACACAGCCGUCCACGCCCCCAAGGAGGCGCGAAGUUGCUCCGGGCUCGACUCCAAAAUCAAGCCCUCUCAAAUCAGCAAUGACUCCGGGCUCCACGCAACAGACUCCUACAAAGCAGAGCCCUUCCAAGAAGAAGAGCGGUGCGAAGCCGAAGAGGCCUAUUUUGAAAGGACGAAUUGUUCCCCGUCUGCCCCGUGUCAAACGGCAUGCUAGAAAUUACGUUCCCGACAUACCUGUUUCGACAUCUUACUACCACUGGCCUCCAGAAGGACGGGGCACUCGGAUCGCGGCGGAAGCCGAUUACAAAAGAUCGGUCGACCUGCUGACCAGGUUGGAUUUCGAGACCCUGGAGCUGGCCACUGCCAGCACCAGGAGAUGGAUCAACGAGGUCGGUGGCGGUCAGAAGUGGGCAAUGGAGGUUGUCGGCUCACGGCCUCUCGCCGCUGCACCUAACUCAACGGCAUCGACUGCGAUCAACAACAUGGCCAACCUUGUGCGCAAGAAGGAGCGGGGAGCUGCGGGUGAUGCAGCGGGCGGCGAUCGUGCCCCUGGUCUCGGAUCUGCCUCUGUGCCUUCACCCGCAACCCAGGGUGGGGUGACCAUGCUUAUGGCCCGGAAGAAACCGAAGAAGGAGACGACGCCGCCGCCCCCACCAUCAAGCGAGGCUGCCAAUGUCCCAGCUGUCAACCUGCUCGUUCCCCGAAAGAAGCGCAAGGAGUCCGAGCCUGAGGAGUCUGCACCAGUGGGAGACGGCGUUGCCGCGGCAGGUGGAAGCGCCUCGAGCGCGACAAACGAAACACCAGCUGUCAACACCCUUGGUGGUGGUUUGGUGCGCAAGAAGCCCAAGACGGCUUGA